AUGGUUUACGCCCUCGUUAUUCCAGUCCUUCCUUUCCAACUCGAGAAGCUCGGAUUCCAUCACGUUUCGGCCAAGGUGGCAUACUUGCUUCUAGCUUAUUCUGUGACUUUAGUUAUUUUCUCCCCUAUCUUUUCUUGGUUGUCUGAGAAGUACCACACGAGGCGCUCGCCAUUAAUAUGGGGCCUUAUUAGUCUUAUGGGUUUUCUGGUUAUGUUCAUGGAGGCUCCUAACUAUGCGGUGAUGAUUGUUGCGAGAGGUCUACAGGGAAUUAGUUCUGCCGUCGUCUGGGUCGUUGGUCUUGCGUUACUGGCAGAUUGUGUCCCCGAGGCAAAGGUCGGGCAGCAACUCGGCUGGGCGAUGGCUGGUAUGCCGAUAGGGGCUUUGGCGUCGCCACCAGUGGCAGGCGUUCUUUAUGAUCACUUCGGAUUUCGUGCCCCUUUCAUAUUUGGAAUCAUCCUCACGGCAGGCGACUUGUUCGGGCGAAUAUUACUCAUCGAAAGGCAAGACGCGCUGAAGUGGGGUCACGAUCCUGUUGAACGUGUUGCAGCAAGUCUCGAAGAACCUGUUGAGGGAUCCCCCGCGCAAACACCCGCAAUUGGAUAUCCUGCUGGUAAGCCAGAAGGGGAGGGUUCCAAAGAGCUUCAGAAGAAAGAGACGAAUGAUGCCAAGGCUCCUUCUAUCAAUAACCCGCCCCUCAAACUAUCGGAGUGUCAGGUCUGGAAGUUCAUGCUCAAAUCUCGACGAACGAUGGUUGCGAUCACCACCGUGCUAGUUUACGCGAUUGUGUUUACCGGUCUUGAACCAACGCUUGCACUACGAUUGCAAGAUGUCUACGAUUUCGACUCGACAAGAGUUGGUCUGGUCAUCCUCGCGAGCGCAGCCGCCGCUAUUUUUGCUUCGCCUAUUUCAGGUUACAUAUCUGAUCGGUUUGGAACGGAAUGGAUCACUCUCUUGUGUCUCAUUUUGACGGUUCCUUGGUAUAUACUCCUAAUUAUCAAGGGUCACCUUGCGUUUUUCAUCGUAUGUCUCGCUAUGGGCAUGUUUACGCUGUCGGGUCUUGUCUCUCCUCUGAUAGCGGAACUUGCAUCUGUUGUAAGACGAGUGGAUGGCAUUGGUUUCGCACAUGUUUAUGGGUUCUUUAACCUGACGUACGGACUCGGUUCAGCAGUUGGUCCCAUCAUAGCCGGACUAGUUUAUUCACACGCAAAGAGGGGGUGGCAUAUUCUUCUCGCCUACGGAGCGGGUAUACUUUUACUGUGUAGUGUUCUCAAUUUCUUUCUUGGUGGGGAACGGCCACUCGCGAGGAGGUGGCUAAGAGGGAAUAAUGACGUGGCAAGACGUAAUGAUAAUGAAUCGUAG